CAAGGCAUCCCCUGGCUCCUCCGCAAGACCAUCCUCUACACCCCGCUUACCAUCCAAAUCACCCACACCACUACCACAAACAACGCGGACGGUAGCAAAACAAUCCACCUCACCGCCCGCCAAACCAGCAUCAAAGCCGCCAGCCCGCCACCGGAUAUCCGGCACUUCGACUGGGAGAUCUACUCGCAGGAGAAUUUUUUGUUCGGGGGGAUUGUGUGUCGGAAUCGGUUUAUCAGGGGGGAUUCCUCGGUAGCUGCCCUUAUGGACGCAGGAGGAAGUGAUGGUGGUGGUGAUGAUGGGGUGGUUAGGCCUGCAGUGGAGGUGCAAAGUCCGCUGAAAGAUGGCGGGGAUCAGGCGGUUGUGAGGAGGUUCUUGCGGGGGGAGGUGGAGGUUGAUGGGUGCACGCUCUCGGAGGGGUUCCUUGGCGACGGGGGGGUGGGAAUUUGGGGGCAUGUUUUUGAUCGGAAGAAGGGUGGCGGGUGGUGCUCUGAGCAGGUUUGGGGGUUUGAGAUGAUACAUGGCGAGAGGUUGUAUUCCCGCCGGGCUGUGCUGACCGACAACACUGGGAGGUACAGGCUGGCGCGGUUGAUUUAUAGGCUGGUUGAGAGCUGA